AUGGGUGUCGUGGGUCUCUCUCUGGCCCUGCUCCUGGCCGCCUUGGUCGCCCUGUGUUCGGCUGCUCGCUCGGACGCGCCCCGGGGAGUCUCGGUCGGGUUCGUUUUCGACCCCAAAGCUCAGUGCGACCCGCAGUGCUCACACGGAGGGAUCUGCAUCCGCAACCACACAUGCUUCUGCUCCAAGGGCUACGAGGGGGAGAGCUGCCAGUAUGCCAACUGUUAUCCCAAAUGUAAGAAUGGAGGAACGUGCCUUCGUCCUGGAAAAUGCAGAUGUCCACCAGGGUUUGGAGGAAGAUACUGUCACAAAGUGACGUGUGACGGGGGAUGCUGGAACUCAGGAGAAUGCACCGCCGUCAACGGAGUGGCCAAGUGUAUCUGCCCCUCGAGCUGGACCGGCUCAAGAUGCCAGGAGGCGAUCUGUCCCCAGGGCUGUAGGAACGGGGGGGUCUGCGUGGCUCCAGGAAUCUGCAGCUGUCCGGAGGGAUGGCUGGGUGGAGCCUGCCACACUGCUGUGUGCACUCAGUCCUGCCUGAAUGGAGGGAAGUGUAUUUCUCCAGAGAAAUGCCGCUGUCGCCCCCCGUACUCUGGCCCUCGCUGCGAGGAGAAGAAGAAGUUCCACUAG